AUGAAUAAAGAGAGAAAUAUGAAAAGCGCCAGAGUUGAAGUGCUUUCAGAGUUGAUUACUGUGAAAAACACGAAUUUGGAAACAAUGAAAACAGAAGAAGAAGCAUUGAAAACCGCUGUAGAAGCUAUGGUUUCGGCACCUCAAGAAGAAUUCCGUCGAUGUGUAGAGGAACUUCUGAAGUUCUCGAAUGCGGAUAUCAAAAAUCUCUCGAAAAUAACGAAGCCAUCUGUUGGAAUACGUCUUUGCUGUGAGAUGCUUCGAACCAUUUUUGAGCCGAAUUUCAAACCAAAACGACACGCUGCAGAAACGUGGCAAGAAUCUGUGAAAUUCGUAAGCGAAAAGUCAUUUUUCAUCAAACUGGCCACUUGUGAUGCUGAUAUUUUGAGUGUGGAUCAAAUGAAAAUACUGAAAAAAUAUGUGGAAAGAGCUGAAUUCAAUGCGAAUAAAAUAGAACACGAAUCAAUUGUUUGUGCUUGUCUCUGCAGAUGGAUUAGUGCAUUUUUAGAAUUAGCUUGCACUUUGCGAGUAAUGGAAGAACAAGUUGAAGAAAGUAAAGAACUCCGUGAGCAAAUAAAACAAACUGAAGAAAAAUGUGAAAAUGAAACAAAUGAAAUGCAACAAUUGAAGAAUGAUGUAGAGAAGCUAACAAAUUUGAUUCGAGAGAACGAACAAACUCUGGCAAAUGAUAGAAGAUUGUGUGACUAUCGUUUACGUAGUGGGGAUCUAUUGACUGCUUUGGAACCACACAGAAAGCAAUGGAAGUCUCAAUUGAAGCAGAAUGAGAAAAAACAAAACGAACUGAUUGGAAACACACUGCUUUUUUCCAUUCAUAGAUCUCAUUUAUUGUGUCAAGAGAAAACAGUUUCAUCCAUGUGUAUUUCCAUGUGUUCAUCUCAUCUGAAUUCAGUUUCCGUUCCAUUUGAUUCAUCUGUUGCUACGCCUUCCAACGCGAUAAACAGGAUUAUUCGUAAUCUGAAAACAUCACGAAAGUUCUGUUUAUUCAUUAGCUCAUCUGAAUCUCUUCUUCUUAAUUUACGGACAGUCUUACCGAGUGCCACGUAUCUUGAUAUGAGCAUGCUUACGUGGAAAGAUUCACAGAUAUCACUAUUACUUCCGAAACAUAUUUACUCAAUUGUUCCAACUGUUUUCUUCAAUAUAACUGAAGCUCCACCACCGGAAAUGUACGAGAUUUUAAUGAAAAGCGAGGAAAGAGAAGUUUGUUAUCACAAUAAGUCAUAUGAGCUACCAGAUGACAUCUUAUUUGUUUUCGUUGCAAAGAGUAUCAGUCAUAUACCGGAUCAGAUUAAAAAAUUGAUGGAAGUUAUUGUUGUUUCUAGCAACUUGGAUCCUAUUGAUGAUGCCGAAAAAACUGAAAGGAACGAGCUUGCAAGUCUUCUGGGGGAAUUCACAGCAGCCGAUAUCUUGGAAUCAAAAGAGUUGUCAAGAAAAGCUAUGCAAAUGGCAACAUCCACUUGA